AUGUUCACCAGGAUGUUGAAACUGAGACUCCUCAACGCUGUAGCACCUGCGUACUUCUUCACAGCUACAGCAGUCACCUUCAUUUUGCACUUCUGCUUCUUCGUCCCAACGAUAUUCCCAAACACCGACACAUCACCCUGGGGCUCCACAAUUCUCCACACUGUUGUUUUCCUCUUCCUGAUGUUCAACGCGCUGGGGAACUACAUAAUGACUAUCAAAUAUCCUGCUGAAAGUGCCAACAUGACCGGGGUUCCCGUGUGCUCGCCGCACUGCUCGGACAAGGUGGACGCCCACUACCUCCUGAACGGACGCCACUUCUGCAAACUGUGUAAGAAAGUCAUUCUCAAGAGGGAUCACCACUGCUUUUUCACCGGAAACUGCAUUGGCAACAAAAACAUGCGCUACUUCAUCAUGUUCUGCAUCUACACAUCGUGCACAUGUUUGUACUCUCUGGUUCUCGGGGUGGCCUUCUUGACAGUGGAGUACGACAUCUCCUUUGAGAACCCGCUGACCUUCCUGACUCUCCUCCUCCUCGCCACAGGCUACUUCUUCAUGGGAACCAUCUCAGGCAUGCAGCUGUUUGUGGUGCUGAUGCUGUACGUGUGGCUGGGCAUCGGCCUGGUCUGUGCAGGGUUCUGCUGCCAGCAGGUCCUGCUGGUGGCCCGGGGUCAGACCUGGUGUCAGAUGCAGAGAGGGCAGCUGGUGGAGAACCGAAGCCCCUGGAGAAACAACCUUAAGGAUGUUUUCGGUACCCACUGGCUCCUCGGCCUUAUCCUUCCUGUGCAGACAGUGGAGAUGUGUGCCGACGAAACAGACGCACAUAAACAAGACUGA